UCCGGAACAAAGGAAUGAUUUUGCUGUCCGUCAUAUGGAGCACUUGCUAUAUGUGCAUGUGAAAUUGGCCUCCGUAUACCUGCACCAGCUGAAGCAGAUGUCAUUAUAAGUAGUGUUUAAUUAUUCACUUGGAUUCGACGAAGUGGGUUAUUAUUGGCUUCCCAGUUUGUUAUCCACCGUCGUCAAGGCAACAUCAGAAAGCAGCUAAAGCACGAAACAAUCACGGGCGUAGUUGGAUACAAUAUUGCUCCACAAAGUAAUAGACAUUAUGACCACCAAACAAUGGAACUUAAAUAUGAAAAAUGAAAGCGGUGUUUCUUCACAGAUAGUUGGUUAUUCCAAGACCAAGGAGUAACUGAUUACGUCACUGGUGGAGGUAACCCAGCCCCUCGAAUCACGUUCAGAGUCAUCCCGUUGGCUGUUUUCCCGGUCACGUGACUAACAAUGGGUUUUCUGAAUCGAAAACCAUUUCCGCCUGCAGGCACUAGCGCUUUACCGUUUUCACUUGUUUAAUUCCUAACUCUCUUGUAUAUCCUGUGAAAAACACGUAGACUUCAUCAUCCAUUCAGUUCUUUAAAAGAGGGAAAGGCGUGCGGUCGCACGGCUGUCGGUCGUCCUUGCCCAAUAGUCAUGUGCUUUUCGAAUCAAACCUGAUUUUUCCCAAUUGAACAAUUUUAUUUUGUUUUCCAUUUUCGAAAAUCAAAGGCCAACCACAAAAAGAAUCCCAUCAGUGACCUUGGUAGCAAUCAGUGUCUUGUCAACCUUUGACGACUCUUGUCGUGUGGUAAUUUCUUUUUGCCAAUUGGAAAGCAAUGGAAAUGAGUCCAAACUAACUAGGCAUUAGGUAGACAACCGGUGACGCUACAAGACGUGCCAAUCCGCCUCUCUUAACCGAGGAAAAGUUUUGAAUUUCAGUUUGUCGUCAUCUUCUCACAAAUGGGGUUAUGUUGUUUUGGGUCAUCUGAUCGCGUUGAGCCCGGACCACCACAGAGUGGUAGAAGGCGAGGGAGCGAUGAUUUCCAUGGGGUCGUCGACGAGCGCAGCUGUACCGACAUAGUAUUUUUGGCAAUUUUCCUGGCUUUUCUAGGCGGACUGGGAUAUGGACUUUAUUAUGCCGUUGAACGAGGAGAUAUUAAUCGCAUGGUUUUCGGUUUUGACAUCGAUGGCGACAUAUGUGGUCGACCAAACCGGCCUCACCCGAAUAUCACGACCAGUGGCAAAGACACAACCCGACAGACAUUCCUCGACAUCGAGUCCUUCAACCUGAAUAAUCUCGAUCCGGUUAUCAUGGGAAGAUGUGUUAACAGUUGCCCAACCAACAGGUCACCGCCCAUCUUAAACCGCUGCUUGGAAAUUCAUGCUACGUCGACUGAGGCGACUAAUUGGUUCCUGAGUUCCACUGGAUUGGCCAAGUUUUUCAACCAAUUCGCCUUAGAUUUUGAGCUUUGUUGGAGAGAGGUUGUUUACCUCUGCCUCAUUUCAUUGGGUUUAUCGCUGGUACUUACUGUUCUCUUCCGCUUCUUAGCCGGUGCAAUGAUUUGGUUAUUGCUGAUUGCCCUCGUCCUCGGCUCACUCGGUGGUACGGGUUACCUCUGGUGGUUAUGGCAUGGAAUGCGGGGCACUUCCGGGGAGAAUAGCAUGAUGGCUUACGCAAUCCUCAUGUCAAUCGUAUCCGUUUUAAUUUUGCUGAUAGUCUUGGUCAUGAGAAAGCGGGUUGAGCUGGUGGCUGCCUUGUUUCGAGAAGCCGGAAAAUCUGUCCACGCCAUGCCACUUCUUCUCAUUCAACCGAUAUGGACUUUGUUGGCCUUGUGCAUUUUGUGCGCCGCAUGGGCCUACGCCGCUUUGUGGAUUGAGAGCGCCGGAUAUCCAACUAGGACGGAAGCAGGGACCGUUUUCUUUAGAAAAGAUACAUUCUUGCAAGUUAUCCGAUGGUACAACAUCUUUGCUGCCCUUUGGAUUUCACAGCUCUGUUUGGCAUGCCAGAACCUUAUUAUUGCUGGAGCCGUUGCUGAUUGGUUCUUUACAAGAGAUAAAUCACGUUUGGGAUGCCCAGUAGCUAGAUCAGUGGGUUAUGCAGUCCGCUAUCAUUUGGGCUCAUUAGCGUUCGGCUCUUUGCUGAUCGCCUUAAUGAAAUUGGUCCGGAUGUUGUUUAAUUAUUUAGAGCGCAAACUACGCAAUGCCAACACGACGUGUUUCGGUUUAGUUACUUGCUUAACCUGUUUUUGCAAGUGCUGCCUUUAUUGCUUCGAAAAGUUCCUUCAAGGCCUCUGUUCGAAUGCCUACAUCGAAAUCGCCAUUUAUGGAGAGAAUUUCUGCUGGUCUGCUGGACGAGCUUUCAAAAUGCUGUCAAACAACGCGCUGCGUGUCAUCGCAAUCAAUUCUGUGGGAGACUUUAUUCUUUUCUUGGGAAAAGCUGGCGUCGUUACAGCAGUCGUCUUUAUCGGAAUCGAACUGAUCAAAGAUAAACCCGGUGUCGUGUAUAUCUGGACACCAAUCCUCAUCGCCGCCAUUUUCGCUUAUUUAAUAGCGCAUUGUUUUAUCUCCGUCUUCGAGAUGUGCAUCGAUACAGUUUUCAUUUGCUUUUGCGAAGACUGCGAGAUCAACAACGGACAGGACCAACCGUAUUUCAUGAGCCGUGGACUGAUGGAAUUUGUGGAAAAGAGUAAAAAAGCUCUGAGAGCGCGUGCCGGUCGAGAUCGUGCCCGGCAACAGCAACCCAAAGGGGCGUACGAUAACCCGGUGAUGGAUUCUGUCAACGAUCAUGGGCCUUGGAACACUGGAGUUCCGCCUCCUCCCUAUGAAUUCCAUCCCACUGCCCCUCCUCUCAGUUCCCGAAGAUAAAAUAGAAAUUUAUUUUUUUUUUGUGUGUCGCCAUCACGCAAGUAUCUGAUAUGCGAUCAAUGAGUCAUUUCCGCGCUGUCUUUAUAUUUUAUGGAAGUACCUACAGUUUAUGAAAAUCUGAAUGCGAGUGAAUUGUUUGUUAAAAGGCUCGUCUUUGACGCCGACCGUCAGUUUGUUUUCGUCGGUCCAGUAUAUGUUUUCGAGAGUUUCUUGUUCUCCGUUCGUGUUCGUUUAUAAGUUUGCGUUCUAAUGUUUGCACACCAUUGGUGUUCUUCUAUCUUGUUAGCGAGACAAAUUGUAACGUGAUAAAUCGUUUUCUCGGCCGAACGAAGUGAGCGAUCCUAUAACUGUCACAAGUGAUUCAUGCUCAAUUUUUCGGCAAUAAACAUGGAACCAAGGCGAGUGUUGGAUCGAUACCCAUUA